AUUUAUUUCAUUUAGAUCAUUGACGUCGUUUUCUGCGUUGCGACGGAUCUUGUCUAGAGUUGCCUUCAGAUCGAUCUCCUACACUAUACAGUGCAUCUUGGAACACAGGGUUCCGAUCACUGUACUCUUGCAAUCCUUGAAAUUCCAAAGCAUUCACGAAGCCUUUUUGACGUUUCGCAGCUAUGCGUAUGGCUUGAACAGGCACCACGAACACAGACAACUUGAGGUACCCUGCAAUCAUGGCCGACCUAGCAACUCUAGCACAAUUGCUGGAUGCCAGUCUUGAUCCUCGACAAAACAAAGAAGCCGAGCUCAAGAUCCGCGCCGAAGAAAAGAAGCCUGGUUUCGCUCUUUCCCUCCUCCAGAUAACUGCGUCCGGCAACUUUCAGUAUAACACUAGACUUGCCAGUGCCCUGUUCUUCAAGAACUUUAUCAGACGGAAUUGGACAGAUGUGGAGGGCAACUACAAACUUCCUCCUCAGGAUGUCAUGGCAAUCAAAACUGAGAUCGUGGGGCUCAUGAUUUCCGUGCCCCGAGGCAUUCAGUCACAAUUAGGUGAAGCCAUCAGUGUUAUAGCGGACAGUGACUUCUGGGAGCGCUGGGAUACCCUUGUUGAUGACCUUGUGUCUCGGUUAAAGCCUGACGACCCUGUAACCAAUGCUGGAGUGCUACAGGUGGCACAUUCUAUCUUUGCGAGAUGGCGGCCUUUGAUGCGGACGGACGAACUUUACACUGAGAUCAAUCAUGUCCUUUCGAAGUUCUCACAGCCAUUCCUCUCUCUAUGGCAGAGGCUCGACGCUUAUAUCGAGAGCCACAGCGGUGAUAAGAAAGCUCUUCAGGAAGCCUUCGCAGAACUUGACCUGACUCUCCUCCUCUUUUACGAUCUGUCCUGCCAGGACAUGCCUCCGACCUUUGAAGAAAAUUUGCAGGGAAUCAGUUCACUGCUUCUGAAGUAUUUGACAUACAACAACAAGCUUUUACAGACUGAUGACGAGUCAGAACCUGGGCCACUCGAGAACACCAAGGCUAAUAUCUUCGAAGCAUUGACAUUGUAUAUUGGCAAGUACUAUGAAGAUUUUGGACGGCAUGUUACAGGCUUUGUGGAAAGCUCAUGGCAUCUCCUCACCACUACCGGAGCAGAGCCCAAGAAUGAUAUUCUUGUGAGCAAAGCUUUGCACUUUUUGACCUCUGUUGCAGGUAACAGAGAGCAAGUGCAGAAUUUUAGUGAUCCCGCGGUCCAGAAUCAGAUAAUGGAGAAGGUCAUCCUCCCAAAUGUGGCGCUGAGGGAUUCUGAUGUCGAGAUGUUCGAGGAUGAGCCUAUCGAAUUUAUCCGACGAGAUCUGGAAGGCUCAGACAGCGAGACUCGUCGGAGAGCGGCGGGCGACUUCCUGAGACAGCUUAGUGAUCAGUUCGAGCAGUCUGUGACGCAGAUUGCAAUGACACUGAUACAAAACUGCUUGCAAGAAUUCUCGAGCAAUCCUUCGGAAAAUUGGAGAUCCAAGGAUACAGCAGUCAGCCUUUUCUAUGCAUUGGCAUCAAAGGGAGCCACGACCUCGACUCAUGGUGUUACCAAAACCAAUAGCUUGGUCAAUAUCGGCGACUUCUUUUCCACCAAUCUAGCAAGCGACCUUCAAAAGGACGAUGCUCAGCCAUUGAUCAAAGUCGACGCCAUCAAAUAUUUGUACGUUUUCCGCAGCAUCAUCACAAAAGAACAAUGGCAACAGGUUAUGCCGUUACUGGUCAACCACCUUGGAAAUUCGAACUACUGCGUCUACACGUACGCCGCCGUUGCAGUGGAUAGAGUGUUGGCAAUGACAGACGAGACUGGCAAGCCAGUAAUUGACCCUGCAAGCAUUAAGCCACUGGCGAGCAGCCUUCUCGAACACUUGUUCAGCUUAGUUGAAAAGGAUAGUGCUCCCGAGAAGGUACAAGAAAACGAGUUUGUGAUGCGCUGCAUCAUGAGAGUGUUGAUUGUCCUCAAAGACGGUAUCAGUGCAGUUGCCGAAAGUGUCCUCCAACAUCUCGUUUCUAUUACCACUAUUAUUUCUGCCAACCCAAGCAACCCCAAGUUCUACUACUAUCAUUUCGAAAGCAUCGGCGCCCUCAUUAGGUUUACCGCGUCCACACACGCGGAGGCAGUAGGAGCAGUCCUGUUCGCUCCCUUUGCAGCCAUUCUCAGCAAACCAGUCGACGAGUUCAUCCCCUACGUGUUCCAGCUUGUGGCGGCUUUGUUCGAAGCCGAGCCUACAAAGCCUCUGACUGAACAGUACAAACAGCUUAUCGCUCCUAUACUUGGGCCUUCGGUGUGGGAACAGCGAGGUAACAUCCCUGCUGCGACACGACUUUUGUCAGCUAUUGUGCCCCGAGCCGCAGACGAGCUACUAAGUGCCAAUCAAGUCGUCAGUGUUUUGGGUAUAUUCCAAAAGCUGGUGUCAACAAAGGUGUACGAAGGUUACGGAUUCGAUCUUCUUGAAACCGUCGUCACUACCUUUCCAGCACCUGCACUCGAGCCAUUUUGGGUGGAACUGGUCACGCUUAUGCUCAAACGCUUGCAAAAGAACCCUUCACAAGCAUUCAACCUACGGUUUGUCCGAUUUUACCAUUUCGUGUCCUCGCGAGACGACAAGGGUUUGGGUGCAGACUUUUUCAUCGCUGUCACCGACAGAAUUCAAAACGACGUCUUCCGACAACUGUACCCAGGCAUUAUUCUGACCAAAACACAAGAACUUGCUCGUCCGUUGGAUCGCAAGGUCGCCGCGAUAUCAUUGACCAAGACUUUGGCGGAUUCCAAGGCAUUCCAAGAGCGAUACGCAAAAGGAUGGACGUUGACAUGUAAUGCAUUGCUCAAAUUGUUGGAGAACCCACCUUUACCACCCACUGAAGCCGACGUGAUUGCAGAACUUGAUGUGGAAGAUAGUAGCUUUGGCGUUGGCUUCACACAACUCAACACCGUCCGUCGACCGACCACUGACCUGUACCCGGAAGUGACAGAUCUGAGGAAAUGGGUCGGUCAAUACUUGAAAGCAGCUGACCAAAGACAUGGAGGUCGCAUAGGCAAGACCGUUGGGGAGACGUUGAGUCCAGACGCGAAGAAGGUUCUGAAUGCUUACAUGAGUCUGUGAGAAUGACUUGAGGAGAUGAAAAGCGAAAUAUAUAGACUCGUCCAGAUCAGAUGAAGCAACUUGGUGGUUAUUUCCCUGAAUUGGUGUCGAUCAAAAGUUGAUGCCAAAAAACUCUUUACAAGAGUAUUAUCUUUUCUCCCAAGUCGUAGCUUAAGUGAUGAAGAGACGUAAUGAGAGGUUGAAGUUGGGAUGUACGAGUAGCAUGCUUUUCCUUUCA